GAUAAAGAUAAGGAAAACAAGACAAAUGUGAAUGUGAUGCGCGAGCUUCGCAUUCGCAAACUCUGCCUGAACAUCUGUGUGGGUGAGUCCGGUGACAGACUGACCAGAGCAGCCAAAGUGCUUGAACAGCUUACAGGACAGACACCUGUGUUCUCAAAAGCUCGCUACACUGUGAGAUCUUUUGGAAUCAGGCGUAAUGAAAAGAUUGCUGUUCACUGCACAGUCCGAGGUGCUAAAGCAGAAGAAAUACUGGAAAAGGGAUUGAAGGUCCGUGAGUACGAGUUGAGAAAGAACAAUUUCUCUGCAACUGGCAACUUUGGGUUUGGCAUCCAGGAGCACAUUGACUUGGGCAUCAAGUACGACCCUGGAAUCGGUAUCUACGGUAUGGACUUCUACAUUGUCCUUGGCAGACCAGGAUUCAACAUCAGCCAGCGCAGGAGGCGAAAGAGCGCUAUUGGUGCCAAACACAGGAUCACCAAGGAUGAGUGCAUGAAGUGGUUUCAGCAGAAGUACGAUGGUAUUAUCCUACCUGGCAAGUAA